GCCGCCCCCAGGGGCUGGUGGGGAUGUGGGCCCCGGCGCCGGCUCGGCUUCGGCAGGCGGCUCUAGGCUGGCGGCGGCGGCAGCGGCGGCGGCCCCUGGGGACAAGCCUUUGUGCUGGGCCCUGCCAGGCUGCUUCCCGGCCUCAUCCCCGGCCGGGGACUCGGGCUCCCGCGGCAGGGCGAACCGGAAAGCGCCCCGAUUCGGGGCGCCGUGCAAGGGCCUCGCGGGGCCGCCGCUUAGGCCCGGGCUCGCCAGGUCCUAAGGAGGAGCCUGCGCCUCCGCCUCCGCCGCCGACACCGCCGCGAUGCCGAGGCCGAGCCCGUCGCCGCCGCUGUUGCUGCUCCCGAGGCCGCUUCAGCGCCACACAUCGCCGGGACACCGACGCCGGGCAGCCCCGCCCGCCGCCCGCCCGCCGGCGCUGUGCCCCGCCCGAGCUCCGGGCAGCCCCGCCCGCCGCCCGGCUCCGUGCCCCAGCAGCUCCACGCGCCCCUCGCCGCCGCCCGCCGGGAUUCCCGAGCGCCCCCAAACCGCGCGGGUGGUUUGCAGGCGCCCGCCAGGGUCUCCCCGGUGCGCCACGGCCAAGACAGGCCCCGGGGCCCUCUGCCGCGCGGGCGCCCGGCUGAUGACGCAUUGGGCCGGGCCCGACCGGGCGGGCCAGCGGAGCUGGACCGGACUCAGGUAGCCCCGUGGGCGUUCGCACCCCUCUUUCCUCCCCGCUGGAGUCGACUCCGGGACGUCGACUCCCGGUGGAGGACAGGGCAGGACGCUGAGGCCCUGGACGGGUUCUGCGUUUAGGUAACUGAGGCCCAGAGAGCCGAGCUCGCGCACAGCUGAGAAGUGGUCCAGGUUUGUGCUUCUUAUUAAACCAUCAACCUAUGAAAGGACCUUGCAGGGCCUUUUGGCCGAUCCCCGCUUGAUGGUUCUUCAUUCAUUCACUCAUUUACUGAGCACCGCCGUGUGCCAGGCUUCCCGUGUGGACCGUGGGGAAACACUAAGAACGAGACGCGGCAGCUGCUCCUUCGCAGGGAAGGGAAGCAGGAAAUAAACCGGGAAAAACGCAGAGUUUGUAGAUGCCAAGAGGAAAGUGAACAGAGUGCUGAGAUAAAAGAAGAACUGGAUGUGAGGAUUCCCCCCCCACCCCGCCCCAUUAGAUGGUCAGGGAAGGUCCUCCAGGAGGUAACAGUGAAGCUGAGACCUGAGAAUUGGAAGGCGCUGCCUAUUGGAACUCCAAGAGACGUCUGGGCAGUUGGAACAGCAAGCACAAAAGUUUUAAGGUGAAAUUAAGCUAAAUGUGUUCAGGGAGCAGCAAGAAGGCGGUUGUAGCUGGAGCAGAUUGCACAGCAGAGCGACAAAGGAUGAGGUUGGAGAGGUGGCCAGGGGCAGUGUCAUAUACACCCUUAAGGGUCAGGAUAAGAACUUUGGAGUUUAUUCCAAGCCAUUGGAAGACUCGAAGGUAGAGUGGUGUGAUCAUGUUUAUGUUUUAAAAGAUCACUGCUGUAUAGAGAAUGAAACACCGGCAAGCAAGAGUGGAGGCAAGGAGAGCUAUUAAGAGGCUAUUAGAAUAAUCCAGAUGAGAGAGUAUGAUGAUACCUGAACUAAGGAGGCAGCAGUGCGGAUAGAGUAGAUGGAGUUAUGUUUUGGUGGAGUUGAAGGACUUCCCAGAGGAUUCACUGUGGAAGGUGGGGCUAAGAAACACAUCAAGAGUAACUUCUAGGUGUGUGACUUAGGCUGCUGCAUGGAUGAAGGUGCCUUUCGGUGAAUGAAGGACUUGAUGAGGGUGAGGGCGGGGAACCCAAAAAUUUUUUUCUACCUACGUUCAUUUGAGUCUCCUGUGCAAUAUACCAGAGGACAAGGCAAAUACAUAACUGGGUAUUGUGAUGCAGGCAUAAUGAUCCUCUCUGUUGGCUGUAUGCCGAUAGUACGUUCUUCGGCCCCCCUUAAAGUAGGUGGAUGGCCAUGAAUGGCCGUGUGCUCUCCACAAUGGAGAGUUAGCAGAAGAGAUGUGCACAGUUUCCAGGUUUAGCCCAGAAAAUCCGUCAGCAGGUGCUCCCUGUGCUCUUACUUACUCUGUCGGCUGGAAGACAAUAACCAGGCUCUGGAGAAGGCAAGGCCUCAAGAUGGAAGGUUCCUGAGUGGAGGAGAAUCUGCACCAUCAACCUAAACACCCACCCAGGACUGUUAUAUGAGAAAGAAAAUAAACCUCUCUUUUGAGUUUUUA